AUGUCCCGUGACAGAAGUGCAAAGUGUAUGGAAAAAAGGAAAUGUUCCACAUGGACGUCUACCGGAAAUGGAUUCAAACUGGUUCCGUUGUCCCUACUGUUGCUGAUUUUGAUAUCUCUGACCCCAUGUCGAGGUGAGGAUGAAUAUCACUGCGUAAUGUACGACAUUUGCAGAGAGCAAGGCAUACACAAACAAAAUUGUCCAACGGAUAAGGCCCCAGAGCCACUACAAGAUGCAGCUGCUAUAGCGACCAUGCGAAAAAGGUGUAAGUGGAUGUUUCCGACAGAUGAUACACCUGUCUGUUGUGCACCCUCGCAAGUGAUCGAGAUGGAUAAGAACUUCCAACAGGCGGAAGGUCUGUUCAGUCGCUGCUCGACCUGCCUACAGAACAUGCUGUACAGUAUAUGCAGCCUCGCAUGCCACCCAGAGCAGAGUCGGUUCAUGACGGCCUUUAACGACUCUUCAGAUACUUAUGUCGAAAGGGUCGAGUACCGCAUCGACGAACAGCACGUGGAGGAUGUGUAUGAUUCAUGUAAGGGCAUUGUGCUGCCUUCGAGCGGAAAAUACGCGAUGGAUGUGGGAUGUGGCUUUUGGGAAGCAACCGGAUGUACACCACAGCGUUGGUUCAAUUAUAUGGGAGCCGCUGAUAAUGACUUUGUGCCGUUUGAAAUAAACUAUGUGUACCUGAAUGAACCAGAGCCACGGUUCUCUCAAGAAGUGAAACACUGCAACGAGGCAUACGAAGACUCGUACCCCUGCUCGUGUGUCGAUUGCGACGAAAGUUGCCCUAGCAGUGACCCCCCGCAAGCUGAAGAUCCUGGCUUCACCGUUGGGGACUUGAAUGGUGUUACUUUCACCGUGGCGGUAGUGAUAGGGGGUGUGGGCUUGAUCUGCAUUACAUAUUCACUGCUCAAUCCAAGACGAGGGCGAAGACAACCUAUGCCGGAUUUUCCGAAAACAUUAGGUGGCUUUCCAGGAGUCAAUCAGUUUCUGGUUAUGUUCUUCAAGCGCUGGGGAACAUUUUGUGCGCGGAAUCCGGUGCUCGUACUUGCCAUCUGUUCGUGGAUAAUCGGUGGCUUAGCAUUCGGCAUACAGUAUCUCAUCAUCACUACCGACCCGGUGGAGUUGUGGGCCGCUCCCGACAGCCGAUCGCGUCAGGAGAAAGAUUACUUCGAUCAGCGCUUUUCGCCGUUCUAUCGCACAGAGCAGAUUUUUAUAAAGCCAAAGAAACAGGACUUCUUCAUUCAUCCGACGGCUCAAGGAAACCUUACGUUUGGACCAGCCUACGACCGCGAGUUCCUUUUAGAAGUUUUUCAACUGCAGCAGACGAUUGAGCAGCUCGGCCAAUCGGAAGGUCGCGGGCUGGAGCGCAUCUGCUACGCCCCGAUGACGGCAGUCGGAGCGCAGACGAUUUUGUCAGAGUGCACGGUGCAAAGCGUGUUUGGUUACUUCAAAAAUAACCUGGCCAGCUUCAACAGCAGCGGUACCGAUCCGCAAGGAUACGUGGUGAACUAUCUGGACAAAAUCAACGGUUGUACCCGCAACGCUUAUUUACCAUCGUGUUUCGGCACAUACGGAGGCCCGAUCGAGCCUGGUGUUGCUGUUGGUGGCUUUCCACAUCCCCCGCCGGGUGAAAACCCUGACUUCAGGCUCGCCUCCGCUGUGAUCCUAACUUUUCUGGUAGAAAACAAGGCUAACAAAGAUGAUCUGGGGCCAGCACUAGAGUGGGAGAAACGAUUUGUAGACUUUCUUAGAGAGUUCGAGCACCCGAUGAUGGAUAUCGCUUACAGUGCAGAACGUUCGAUCGAGGACGGCAUCGACGAGAUGUCGGAAGCGGAGAUGUACACUGUUAUCAUAAGUUACGUGGUGAUGUUCAUCUACAUCGCAAUAUCCUUGGGAAAAAUACGAGGAUUCCGUAAUUUCUUCAAAGGUUCUCGCAUUAUACUCGCCAUCGGUGGCAUUGCCGUUGUGCUAGCUUCCGUCGCAUGCAGUCUCGGUUUCUUCGGUUACCUCGAGUUGGCAACAACUAUGCUCACCAUUGAGGUUAUUCCUUUCUUGGUGCUAGCAGUCGGUGUUGACAAUAUUUUCAUGCUAGUACAUGCAUUCAAUCGGCUGGAUCGCAACCAAACGCCCGACACGGCUGAGGCUAUCGGCGAAGCUCUUGGACAAAUCGGUCCUUCAAUCCUGCUCACGUCGGCAAGCGAAUGUUGCUGCUUUGCGAUCGGGGCCCUUUCACCGAUGCCAGCUGUUAAUACGUUUGCCUGGUACGCGACUGUCGCCUUGUUCGCAGAUUUUGUGCUACAGAUCACGGCAUUCGUUGCCCUGAUGGCGCUGGACGAAAAACGUGUCGAAAGUGGUCGUCUGGAUCUGCUGUGCUGCAUACGCUCGACCAAGAACCUGGAAGGGAGCGAUCUCCCUGAAGACCACAGUUGGUUGGAGCGUUUCGUCAAGCGAUUUUACGUCCCUCUAAUCAUGCGCUACCGCGUGCGUUUGUGUGUGCUUGCACUGUUUCUCGUAUGGGGUUCGCUGUCCCUAAUGGUCGUGCCGAACAUUGAGCCUGGGCUCGAUCAAGAGCUCUCCAUGGCAGAGGACUCCCACGUCGUCAAGUACUUCCGCUUCAUGGCGGAACUAUUCUGGAUGGGACCACCAGUUUACUUUGUCCUGAAACCCGGUCUCAACUAUACGGCUGUGUCGCAUCAGAACUUCGUAUGCGGUGGCAUUCUGUGCAAUGACGAUUCAAUACAAACUAAGCUCUACCAAGCCUCACUCUACCCGGAAACCACUCACAUCGCUCGGCCUGCAUCGUCCUGGCUAGACGACUAUAUCGAUUGGUUAUCGAUAGAUUCGUGCUGCAAAUACAACCCUACCGACAACUCUUUUUGUCCUAGUAAUUUCUUUGGCUGUCCGUCGUGUCCGCGGGAGUACGAUGAGACAGGCAUCAGACCUACGGUGGGCCAGUUUGAACGCUUCAUGGAGUUCUUUUUGUCCGACCUACCCGACGAAAACUGCGCCAAGGCAGGUCGUGCCGCAUACUCCCGUGCGCUUAAUUUUGUGCGCGACAACGAUGGCAACCUUAACGUGCAGGAUUCGUACUUUAUGAGCUAUCACACAACGGCCGUUACGUCGCGACAGUUUUACACUGCGCUGGAGCAAGCUCGUCUUAUUGCAGACGAUAUACAACAGAUGCUGGAUGAGCGCCAGGCAAACGUGGAAAUUUUCCCUUACAGCGUUUUCUACGUUUUCUACGAGCAAUAUCUUACCAUCUGGCCGGACGCAAUUCAGUCGCUGGGGUUGUCACUAGCAGCCGUCUUUGUCGUUACAUUCCUCAUAACAGGCCUUGAUGUCCUCUCGGCACUUGUUGUCAUUAGCAUGGUGUUCCUGAUCGUACUGAACAUGAUGGGCCUCAUGUGGCUCUGGAAUAUCACGCUCAACGCCAUCUCACUCGUAAAUCUCGUUAUGAGCGUCGGAAUUGGCGUGGAGUUCAUCUCGCACAUCGUGCGCACGUACCGCCACACGCAUGGAACCCGCAUCGAACGCGCAUCGGAGGCUAUGGUACGCACCGGUAGCUCAGUAUUUUCCGGCAUCACGCUAACCAAGUUCGCCGGCAUCAUCGUGCUGGCGUUUGCAAAGUCGCAAAUCUUCCAAAUUUUCUACUUCCGCAUGUACCUGUGCAUCGUGCUGGUCGGCGCAGCCCACGGACUAAUUCUGCUUCCGGUUUUGCUAACCUUCAUCGGACCACCACCACCCCACGAUGCCCUGGUGAAUGCUCAGGAUGAUGUCCGAAAAGAAAAGCUAGCUACAGCAGGUACCGAAAACGGCAACUACGAGCCAUCGGGAGAAAAGUCGGAUCAACAGAUGCCUAGUAGCUACAAGACAGAUACUGCACUAACAAAUGGGUUCGGUGAUUAA